AUUUCUUGAUAAAGAUUUCAAAAUAACCGCCAUGCUCUGAACACAUUGUAAGAAACUGCUAUCCAUGACAACGAUUAAACACAAUCGAAAUUUUAUUUGUAUACUAUCGAUAGUGGCUCGAUAGUCUGGCAGCCCUAAUUAAAAUCCAGCAAGAUUUUUUUGUUAAACUCACAUUUAAAAACUUUAUUAAAACCGUAUUAGUAACUUUUUUUGUUGUUAUUAAUAAAAGACGCAACUCUAGUUUGAAACGUGCAUAUGUACAUACGUGUAAGGCGUUAAGUGAAUAACAAACGUAGACGUGGAAGCGCAGGGGGCUGAGAAACGGAAACUGUAACUGAGAAAACACAGCAUAGCACAAGAAGAAGUUGUGGAAGUCGAAAAGCGUAGGGCGCACCAACAGUAUCAAGUAAGAGUGCGUUAAUAGUAAAAGAAGCGGUGCGAAAGCAAAUAAAAAUCCAAGACCGUCAAAAUUCUCAGCUACAGUCAGAACCAUACACUUCCGUACAGCACCGCCUGCGCCCUACUAGCACCACCCCCACCAACGGCAAUCAUGUUCGUCAAUUCAAUGACGUUCCGCGGUAAUCCGGCUAAUUACCAUCAGCAGCAACCGGCGCUAAAUCAUCAUACGCUUGCGGCGGCUGCAGCGCAUCAUCAGCAGCAACUGCAUCAUCAUGCCGCUGCAGCCGCCACGGGGCAUUUGGGGCACGGGCACGGGGUUGGUGCUGGACAUGCAGCUAGCAACCAUUUAGCUGCCGCAGCGGUACUGGGACGCCAUGGUCAUGGACACACUACAAGUGCAUCGCAUGGUAACGGCGCUGCUUUGCCUAGCGGCAGCAGCGGGGGCAGUGGCAAUAGCAAUAAUUCGCCGGACAGCGGCAAAAUCUACAUCAAGAAUCUGGAGCGUUCCAUUGACAACAAGGCGGUCUAUGAAACAUUCUCAGUGUUUGGCAACAUACUCAACUGCAAUGUAGCGAAGGAUGAAGACGGCAAUUCGCGUGGCUACGGCUUUGUGCAUUUUGACACUGAGGACGCCGCUCGGGCUGCCAUUGAAAAGGUUAACGGAGUGCUGUGCAACAAUCAGAAGGUGCACGUGGUUAAGUUUAUACCGCGACGUGAUCGGGAGCAGGAGAAGGCGACCCAUUUCAAAAAUUUGUAUGUGAAGAAUCUAAGCGAGGAAUUCACCGAACAGCAUUUGCGCGAAAUGUUUGAACCCUAUGGACGAAUUACCAGUCACAAGUUAAUGCUGGAUGAAGAGGGACGUUCGCGUCGUUUUGGCUUUGUGGCUUUUGAAAACCCACAGUCGGCGCUGGCCGCCGUAAUUGGACUGCACGGUAAGCAGCUGGGCGACAACAAGUUCUUGUACGUGGCCCGUGCCCUGAGCAAGGCUGAGCGACAGCAGGAGAUCAAUCGUAAGCUAGAGGAGCGUAAGCGUCAAAAGGCCGGACAGAUAUUCUACUAUUAGGAUAGCUUUCUUUGUAGAAUUGGUAUUUUUUAUGUUUGUGCACAUACACACAUACAAAGAAACAACAAUACAUACAAAACUAUACAAACUUAGCUAUUUAACAACAAAAAAUUAAAUUUUGUGCAAACUUGAAGCAAAGAAUAUGAAAAAAAUUACACGAAAUGCAAUGAUUUAUUACAUUUGAGAAACGUAAAUAAUGCAUAUUUACACUGAGAGAAAUUCAGUUAAGAAAAAAAAAUAAAGCAAAUUAAUUAAUAACAAUUAAUGCACGCAAAUUACGAACACAUACACGCGCUGUAGUCUUUAAAGCGCUUAUAAUAAUAGAAAUAAUAAUAAUACAUUACAAAUAAUACUCAAGACACACACACACACAUAUAUACACAAAAAACCAUUUUAAACGAAAUUGAGCGCAAGCUUGAUUAGCAAGCAAAAAGUAUUACAACUUUUAGCAAUUACAAAACAUUUUUGUAAUAUACAAUAUACAUAUAGUAUAUUGUAAAUUGUUUCAACGUAGUCGACAGAAGAAGAAAUAACAAAAACAAUUUGUAUUACAUUCGAAGCAAAACAAAAAAAUUAAUUAUUAUACAAGAUUAUAAAAAAUGUUUGAAAAAUGAAUAACUUUUUAGCAAAGUCAGCGUGUAGCAAGCUCGCGAAAUUUACACAAUAAAUAAGCAAAAACAAAGCACAUAAUUUAAGAUUAUUGAGCUUAAUUUAAAAAAAAACACGCCGGCUGCCUCGCUCCCGCCCUAAACUACAAAAAUGCUUAAAAUUUGUAUAGUUAAUGAAAAAACAAGGCAAAAUAAUAGUUAUUACAAAGUGAAAGGAAAAACGGAGUAACUCACAAAACAUAUUUAUUAAAACAAAUAACAAAUUGUUUUUUUUUUAGUUUGACUUAUAGUUUAAAAACAAAACAAUAUGUGCUACAAUGAAUAUUAUUUACAGAACAUUGGUAGUAUUAGUAUAUAUACACACACAGACAUGCAAUAUGAAUUUAGUAAACAAAGCAAAAUGUACAAAAAACAAUUUUUUCGUUUG